UAGAAGCUUAAAAUUUAAAAACCUCUACAUAUAGUCCCAGUGUGUCUCUCUUCACACUCACUCUUUCUUAUUCAUUCUCUCACUGAAAAAAAAAAAAAAACUGUUGGAAACAUUCUCUUCAAGAUUUUGCAAUACAACUCUAGCCAAUAACAAUCCAUGGAGCCAGCUGAUGUUGAAGUCUCGGAAAUCCAACAGCUCUCCGCUAAUCCUCUGCCUUUUGCAAGAAGUUAUCAGUUGGAAGCCCUGGAGACUUCACUAAAGCAGAACACCAUUGUUUACUUGGAGACUGGUUCAGGAAAGACCCUAAUAGCGAUAAUGCUUCUUAGAAGCUACGCGUACCUUCUUCGAAAGCCAUCUCCGUACAUAGCUGUUUUCUUGGUCCCGACUGUUGUUCUGGUGACUCAGCAAGGAGAUUCUAUCAGUAUGCAUACUGACUUAAAAGUCGGAACAUAUUGGGGUGAAAUGGGUGUUGAUUACUGGAAUGCUGCGACGUGGCAACAAGAAGUGGAAGACCAUGAGGUACUUGUUAUGACACCAGCGAUACUACUUGCUGCUUUGAGGCAUAGCUUUCUAAAAAUAGAAAUGAUAAAGGUUAUAAUAUUUGAUGAGUGCCACAAUGCACGAGGCAGACACUCCUAUGCCUGCAUAAUGAAGGAAUUUUAUCAUCGACAAUUAACCGGUGAGAGCGCACAACUUCCAAGAAUAUUCGGGAUGACUGCUUCCCCUAUAAAGUCUAAAGGUUCUGGCACGGCAGAUAGUUAUUGGCAAAAGAUUCGUGACCUCGAGAAUCUUAUGCAUUCCAAGGUAUACACGUGCGUAAGUGAAUCGGUUUUGGCGGAGUAUAUCCCAUUCUCAAAUAUGAAGCUAAAGAUAUAUCAAAAUGUGAAUAUUUCUUGCACAUUGUUUCAUAGUUUAGCUCAUGACCUUAAAAGGUUGAAAGAAAAGCAUGAACGCUCGAUUUCAAAGUCAAAUCUGUCUUAUAUGAGUGCUGGAUCUGCAACAAGAAGAUUAAGAAAACUUUAUUCGGCUUUCCUAUUUUGUCUGAGUGAGAUGGGUGCUUGGCUGGCUUUCAAGGCAGCUGAGUUUUUGUCCCGUGCAGAAAAUGAAUUCUUUUCAUGGGGAGAACUAGAUGUAUGUGCCCAAACAAUUGUUAGAGGUUUCAGUUUGGGUGCAUCUAAGGUUUUCUUGUCUCGCUUACCAUCUGGGUCACAUUGGUCAAUUGGUGGUGAUAUUCAGGCAAAUACGGAUGCUGGAUAUUUGACACCCAAAGUUACUUGUCUUAUAGAGUCUCUUCUCGAGUACAGGGACCUGAAGGAUUUGAGAUGCAUCAUAUUUGUUGAGAGAAUUAUUACAGCAAUCGUUCUUCGGUCUCUAUUGAAUGAGUUGCUUCCGGAACUAACUGGUUGGAGAACUGAGUACACAGCAGGGCAUACUUCUGUGGUGCAGUCACAGAGUAGGAAAACCCAAAAUAAAAUUGUCGAAGAAUUUCGCAAGGGUCUGGUGAACAUUAUUGUAGCGACAUCUAUUCUUGAAGAGGGCUUGGAUGUCCAAAGUUGCAACCUUGUCGUUCGGUUUGAUCCCUCAACUACUGUUUGUAGCUUUAUACAAUCUCGUGGGCGAGCUCGAAUGCAAAACUCCGACUUUCUUCUGAUGAUCGGAAGUGGGGAUUCUUCAACCCUCACUCGCAUGCAAAACUAUAUGGCUAGUGGGGAGAUAAUGCGGCAAGAAUCAUUACGUCAUGCUUCUAUUCCAUGUUCACCUCUAGACGAUGAAUUGCUUGUUGAACCUUGCUACAAAGUUGAAAGCACCGGAGCAGUUGUCACCCUCAGUUCUAGCGUGUCAUUGUUAUACUUCUACUGCUCUAGGCUACCUUCAGAUGGGUACUUUAAGCCCAAUCCUAGGUGUGUGAUUGAUAACGAAACAGAAACCUGCACCUUACAUCUUCCCAAAAGUUGCCCACUACAAAGAACUAUAAGUGUACAGGGGAAUGUCAAAAUAUUGAAGCAACUUGCAUGCCUGGAAGCUUGUAAAGAACUUCAUCACAUGGGUGCCUUGACUGACAAUCUUGUUCCUGAUAUUGUGGAGGAAGAAGCCAUCAACAAAGAAUUGGAAUGUCAAAUCCAUACUGUUGAAGAAUCAAAAUACUUUCCACCAGAAUUGGUUAGCCAUUGCGGCAAUGAUUCAGAAGCGGUGUACUACUGCUACCUGGUUGAGUUGGAACAGGAGUCAUACAACGAUUUCCCGCUUCAUGGGAUAAUACUUGCUGUUAGGAAAAGGCUCACGUUUGAUGAUGAAAUAUUGGCUUUUGACUUAGACGUUGAUAGGGGACGACGCUUGCAAGUACAAGUACAAUUAAAUUAUAGUAAAGUUGUUACGCUUACUUCUGAAGAGAUUCGACGGUGUCAGAGGUUUCAAGUCAGUGUCUUCAGAAUUCUUCUUGACCGUGAUCUGAGUAAACUGCAGGGUGCUUUGGCUGCUGCAGUUCAGUCGCCUAUUGGAUCUGCAGUUUCUGAUUAUCUUUUGCUCCCAUCUUUGGGUUCAACCCCUGAAAUAAAUUGGAAAUGUGUGAAUUCUUUGCUGUUUCCUUCUCAUGUUCUUGCGGAUAAGCAUAUGGAUUGCCGUUCUACACAAGGUAGCAAGCGCAGUGUGUACACCAAAACUGGGGUGGUAUGUAGCUGCUUGUUGGAGAACUCAUUGGUCUGUACACCUCAUAACGGACAUAUAUAUUGCAUUACCGGUUUUUUGGAUAAUUUGGAUUGCAACUCAUUGUUGGAUAUGAGAACUGGAGAAUCCUUUACCUACAAAGAAUACUACAAAAAACGGCAUGGGAUCAAGAUAUGCUUUGAAGGAGAACCACUUCUUCGGGGGAAGCAUAUUUGUAAAGUGCAAAAUUACCUUCAGAGAUGUAGAACUCAGAAGGCUAAAGAUUCAACUGAUUCAUCCGUUGAGUUGCCUCCUGAACUUUGUUCCCUCAUCAUGUCUCCUGUCUCUAUUUUUACCCUUUAUACCUAUUCAUACGUUCCUUCGAUCAUGCAUCGGAUUGAGUCCUUGGUUAUGGCCUCAAAUUUGAAAAGAAUGCAUUUGGAUGACUGCACUCUAAAUGUUUUUAUCCCAACCGCCACAGUUUUGGAAGCAAUGACAACAAAGAAAUGCCUCGAGAAGUUUCAUUUGGAAUCACUUGAGACACUUGGAGACUCUUUUCUCAAAUAUGCUGCCAGUAUACACCUGUUCAAGACUUACGAAAAUCAUCACGAGGGUCUUUUGACUGUAAAGAAAAACAAAAUCAUUUCCAAUGCUGCACUCUGCAGGCUUGCAAUUGCUCGUAAAAUACCGGGAUUUAUCCGUAAUGAACCAUUCGAUCUUAAAACAUGGCUCAUUCCUGGAGAUAAUUCUCAAGUUCACAAAUUCGACGAAGAAUUCCUGAUGCCGUCAGUAAAAAUUUAUAGUAGGGGAAAGCUGAAGAUUAAAAGUAAGAGAGUAGCUGAUGUGGUUGAGGCUCUAAUAGGUGCCUACCUCAGCUCGGGCGGGGAAGCAGCGGCUUUAUCAUUUAUGAAAUGGCUUGGGCUGGACAUUGAUUUUGUUGAUGCACCUAUGCCAAGGCACUUCCCCAUGAAUGCUGAGAAGCUAGUCAAUGUUAGAUACUUGGAAUCCAUGCUACAUUACAAGUUCAAUGAUCCCUCUUUGCUUGUUGAAGCGCUAACUCACGGAUCUUACAUGCUUCCUGAGAUUCCACGAUGCUACCAGCGCUUGGAAUUUCUUGGGGAUGCAGUGUUAGAUUAUGUUGUUACAGCACAUCUCUAUUUCAAAUAUCCGGGACUGACUCCAGGACUCAUUACUGAUUUGAGGUCUGCCUCUGUAAACAAUGAAUGCUAUGCUCAUUCUGCAGUUAAGGCUGGCCUGCACAAGCACAUUCUUCAUGCCUCGCAAGAUUUGCAGAGGCAGAUAUAUGGUACUGUUGAGGAUUUCGAGAAAUUGGAUCUUGUGUCCACAUUUGGAUGGGAGGCUGAAACUACUUUCCCAAAGGUGCUUGGAGAUGUUAUUGAGUCCCUUGCUGGUGCGAUCUUUGUUGAUUCUAGCUUCAACAAAGAUACUACAUUUCAGUGCAUACGACCUCUUCUGGAACCGUUGAUUACACCUCAGACAAUAAAGCUCCAGCCUGUAAGAGAGUUAAGUGAACUAUGUGACCAGAAAGGUUAUAUAAAGAAGAAGAAUGUCGUCUCUCGUGAGAAUGGUGUGGCAUGUAUUACAGUUGAGGUUGAAGCAAAUGGUGUUGUUCACAAGAGCACGUGCUCGGGGCGAGACAAAAUAAUGGCCAAGAAGGUGGCUAGCAAAAAUGUGCUCAAGUCUCUGAAGGAAUGUGCAUCCAAUGCAUAGCAACAAUUUCUUUUCUGCAACUUCAAUUUACAAAAUCUCCAGAAUUGCUUAAAUGCUUGAAGAGGUUGUUGCAUUAAUAUAUCAUUAUCAGAGAUUCUUCAUUUUUAGCCCAAAGCAUUUAGCUUAUGUCCUUUGAUAAAUUCUCUAAGCUGUCUCUUCGUAUCCUUUCAUAUAGUGAGUGCUAAUACCAUGCUUGUUCAAAACAGUAAUGUUUUUCAUAGUUUGGUAGUCAACCAUUUAUUUGAUGUACAA